AUGAAUCUCAAUGGAGGUGAUCAUGAGUUGGUUAUUGUGAUGGAGGAAGAAGCACCCUCUUUGGCUCCAUCUUUACCAGUACCCAAUGUUCAAGAAAUGGUGAAGAAGAAUCAUUUACAGAUAGUAAACCAUGGUGUCCAAAACGAACUUGUGCAGAGAAUGAAGGAUGUAGUAACUGAAUUUUUUGAACUUCCAAUAGAAGAGAAGGAAAAGUAUGCAAUGGCCUCAAACGACAUACAAGGUUAUGGGCAUGCUUAUGUAGUUUCUGAGGAGCAAAUACUUGACUGGUCAGAUGCACUGAUGUUAGUCACCAACCCCACCUGGCACAAAAAGCUUCAAUUUUGGCCAAAAACACCAGAGGGAUUCAAGGAGAUAGUAGAGGCAUAUUCCAGUGAAGUCAAACGAGUUGGUGAGGAAAUUCUCAGUUCUUUGUCUCUAGUUAUGGGGUUGCAGAAGCAUGUUCUUCUUGGACUACAUGGAGAAUUACUUGAAAUUAUACGUGUGAACUACUACCCUCCUUGCAGCACACCUGAGAAAAUAUGGAGUAAUGGCAAAUAUAAGAGUGUAGAACAUAGAGCACUGACAAAUAAGAACAAGAGAAGGAUUUCUUGGGCAUAUUUUCUAAUCCCUCCAGAUGAUGUUGAAGUUGAGCCUUUUGAUCAUAUGAUAGAUGCUCAAAACCCCAAGCUGUACCAGAAAGUCAGGUAUGGAGAUUAUAUGAGGCAGUCCAUGAAGAGGAAAAUGGAGGGAAAAACACACAUUGAUGUGGCAAUGAUCAAUGAAUAG